GUCCCGGCCACAUACAUUAAUGAGGUCCCGGCCACAUACAUUAAUGAGGUCCCGGCCACAUGCAUUAAUGAGGUCCCGGCCACAUACAUUAAUGAGGUCCCGGCAACAUACAUUAAUGAGGUCCCAGCCACAUACAUUAAUGAGGUCCCGGCCACAUACAUUAAUGAGGUCCCGGCCACAUACAUUAAUGAGGUCCCGGCCACAUACAUUAAUGAGGUCCCUGCCACAUACAUUAAUGAGGUCCCGGCAACAUACAUUAAUGAGGUCCCGGCAACAUACAUUAAUGAGGUCCCGGCCACAUACAUUAAUGAGGUCCUUGCCACAUACAUUAAUGAGGUCACUGCAACAUACAUUAAUGAGGUCCCGGCAACAUACAUUAAUGAGGUCCCGGCCACAUACAUUAAUGAGGUCCUUGCCACAUACAUUAAUGAGGUCACUGCAACAUACAUUAAUGAGGUCCCUGCCACAUACAUUAAUGAGGUCCCGGCAACAUACAUUAAUGAGGUCCCGGCAACAUACAUUAAUGAGGUCCCGGCAACAUACAUUAAUGAGGUCCCUGUCACAUACAUUAAUGAGUCUGUGAACAUGCCCAGUCUAAGGGACAGUCUGUGA